CUGAGAGUUUAGGAAAGCAUUCAAAGGCAUAUCUUGAUUGUCACCUUAUGGUGACAAAUCCAAUUGAUUAUGUUGAGCCUUUGGGUAAAGCUGGUGCUUCAGAAAACUGGCAAGAGCUCAUCCAAAGAAUCAAGUCGAAGGGCAUGAAGCCUGCUGUGGCAUUAAAGCCUGGAACACCUAUUGAAGAAGUUUACCCCCUUGUUGACAGUGAAAAUCCUGUGGAAAUGGUUCUUGUGAUGACUGUAGAACCUGGAUUUGGUGGACAAAAGUUCAUGCCGGACAUGAUGGAAAAGGUGCGAGCUUUAAGAAAGAAGUAACCAUCACUUCAUGAUAUAGAGGUGAGUCCAUAUCUCAUUAUAUAACCAUUUUCUUCAAAAAGAAGAAGAGAAAAGAAAGAGAAUCUCUUAGUUUGAUUAUUUUAUCAGCUUCGUUUGCUUUGUUAUUCAAUGGACUGAUGUAGAUAUGCAUAUUUCUCCAUAGUUGUUUUUUUGCAACAAGGGGGUUUUAAGAUGCUAUAUAAUUAAGGAAAAAUUUUCUC